CGGCCAAUGGGAGCGCAGCAGGGCGGAGAGCAGCGGCACAUUGUACUACAGCGGAGAACUGCCGCCAACAGUAGACGCGUAUCCCGCUCUGUCUGUCGCUAUUCAGCACAUUCUGGUUAAUGGAUUAUACAGUUUCUCUCCAAGUGCAACAUCAGCUGGCGGUGUUCCCAACACACGUCUGCCAGGGUUACAGUGUGGAGUUACAGAUGAAGUCAACAGAGGUGGACCAAGGGCUUUUCACAGACAGCUACUGCAAAGUGUGCAGCGCUCAGCUCAUCUCCGAAUCCCAGAGGGUUGCCCAUUAUGAGAGUCGGAAACACGCCAAUAAAGUCCGGCUGUAUUACAUGCUACAUCCUGUGGAUGGAGGCUGCCCUGCCAAGAAGCUCAGAACAGACAAUGGCAGCGACAAGGGCGAUGUGGACAAGAAUAAGUGCUGCACGCUGUGUAACAUGUCCUUCACCUCAGCAGUAGUGGCACAGUCACACUACCAGGGUAAAAUCCAUGCCAAGAGGCUAAAACUGCUACUCGGAGAGCAGCCUGCCAUCACAACCAAAGAGGCAUCACCCAGUCCUGUAAAGAGCUCACCAGAAACAUCUCCGAUGACCUCCCCGCGACAACGCCGCGACUCGGACCGCUACUGCCAGCUAUGCAACGCCUGGUUUAACAACCCAGGCAUGGCUCAGCAACAUUAUGAUGGCAAAAAGCACAAGAAGAAUGCUGCUAGAGCAGACCUGUUGGAGCAGCUGGGCAAGACCCUUGACAUGGGAGAGAUGAAAGGUCUUAAACGGAGCUAUACCUGUGAAGUCUGCAGCGUCACACUGAACUCGGUGGCACAAUAUCAUGCACAUCUGCAGGGCUCAAAGCACCAAAACAAUCUGAAGAAUCAAAUAUGUGUCCAGUGAGCGUGAGCCGAAGAUAAAAAAACAACAACUAUUAUAUUGAUGUCAGACAAGCUGUGAUCAGCUUGCCCUGCUUUUUCUGCCUCUGCCCUGCUACUGCUCUCCUUCACAUCGUUUCAAUCUCUCUCUCACUCAGCCACCCCAGCGAGGAGGAAAAUAAAGAUUUUUUUUUGUAACACUAGCACUGCAUCAACUCUCUCACCUGUCGGUAUACAGUACAGUUUAAACAGUUUCUCCAUCAUUGACCCUUGACCUUCUACCGCAGCUGUGUUUUUAUCCACUGACAGUCUGAGAGCAUUAAAAUGAUCUUUUUAAAAAUGCACUGGAUGCUAGGUACUUGAGGAUGUAAGGGUUGUUUUUAACUCUUUCUUUUUGCUUUUACUUGACUGAAACAGCAAACUUAUUUGAAAUUAAAGGAAAAGAUAUACAUCAUUAAGCAUUGUGGGCUUUAUCUAUGACUCAAUCAUUCUGUUUGCCCUCAGAUUCUGUAUGGUACAACUCUAAUGCUUUUCUUGCAUACAUGCUUGCAGUGAAGUUAAAUCCCCUUUCUGUCUUAAAGGGGUUGAUGGCAAUAAUGACACCGUUCAGACUCUGAAUAUAUGUUGUAAUGGUAUAAUACAUUUGAAUUCUACAGGCUUGACUUCUGUCUAAUGACUUUGGUCAAUAUAAGUAACAAACGAUCAUUUUUAAAGCUUUUAAAAGAUAAUUCUGAUCAUUCCUUUGUAUAGAGCAAAAAUAACAGGAUCACAUUUGUUUACGCAGAUUUAGCCAACAUUCUUAUCUAUAAUAAUAACAUUGCACCCACCAGGUUAAUUCUGAGAUAUGACAAGGCAAGAAACAUUGUAAAAUUUCUUUUGGGAUGAAUAAAGCAUCUAUCUAUCUAUCUAACUAUCUAUCUAUCUAUCUAUCUAUCUAUCUAUGAGCAGUGCUCACCUCUGAUUGUAUACCUCCAAGUAAACUGGUUUAGAUAAUCUGGCAAAACUGCUGGCUUUUUUUACAACCUGACUUAUUGUUUUGUUGUAGCGUUUGCACCAUUCUCCCAGAUCUCAGAAAUUACUUUGCUGGGAACAAUGUUACCAAACACAAAUUAUGUCUAAUGCUAAAAGAAAAUGAUACU